GUUUUUCUCACUCCAUCACUCGGUCGACCAAUGACAGAGCUGGGGCUGAGGAAAUGGAUGGUGUGUCUAUUUUUAGAAGCAGGGAAGGAGGGCAAACCAAAAGUAGCUAGGCACAGAGAGAGAGAGAGAGAGAGAGAGAAAGGGAGGGAGGGAUGAAGAGGGAUGUGAGGGGAAGAUAAAUCUGCAUUCUGUCUGCUGCCUCUGGUCAGAGACAGCUGGAGCUACGGAGCGCGCUCGAGGAGAAGCAGGAGCAUCACUGGCUGGAGACAGAGCAUCAUAAAUCAAAAACACAACCAUCUGCAAAAAGGCUGCAGAUUAUUUGAUACUUGACACUGAAAGAGCAGCAGAAAGAAGAAAACUUCAGCUGGACUGGACUGAGACAAAGGUUAGUGGGAAAGCAAAUUGUGCAGAUAAAUAUCAUGUCUGAAAAUGCAUAAGGUCAAAACACACAGAGAGCCUGUUCUGUGCUUCGGGGCAGAGCUGCUGCUGUGGACCCAUUUUUAGUCGCUGUAAACUGAAGGUGCGCUCUAAAUUUAGCAAUGGUUACACCUUGCAAGAAACUGGGAGAGGCUGGCAUUCUGGUUUGGCAGGCACUAUUUUUGGCACUGAGGUGGAGACCAAAAUACACUGUGGUCUACUCUCACAGUUAUAACAAUAUGGGGUUGCAUAACAAAAAUAAAAGCUGACACGUUUCACAGCUCUACAUGACUGAGACUGCAUUUAAAAAGAAGCAUCUAUUUCUGAAGCCUCUCACUCCUCCAAGCUGGAAUUGUUUGUAUUUUGGGUUGUUUGCACUGCCACUCCAAAGUAAGCAGGCAAUGUGUGUGAAAAUGGAGAGGGAGUCAGAGGGAGAAGAGGAAGGCUUGCAUGUGGAAUAAAUUUAAUGGAGACAGUCUGGGAGAGAUAUAAAAAUGCAAUGGUUAUUUACAGAAAUUAAUUACGUGAUAAAUGUUCAUGUGUGGGGUAAAAAUAUGUCUGAAACAAAACUAUCAUGUGAGGUACUGGCAUAUUAUGAUGUCAGACAAAACAUUAUACUUGUGUUGGAUCAAAUGUUUUCUUGGAUGGAUAGCUUACUGAUUUGGAGAUCAAGCAGAAGCAGGUGGGCUAAGCCUUUGUUGCACCUCUCUAACCAUAUCAUCCUCUCAAUUUGGAAGUCAGUACAAAGCUGGUUUGGCAAACACUUUCAUUCUGUUCUGGCUUUUCUGUAAACCAAACAUUUGACAGAUGUUUUUGGCUCUAAAUCCGACUUUGUUUUUCUUUCAGCCAUGCGGCCAAGAUCCAGACUGCUGUCUAAGAGACGACUCCUGCUGCCCACCAUCAGAGAGGGCUCAGAGGAGACCGUGAGGGAUUUGAAUGAGGCCAACUCACUCAUCACCUCCAGCCAGUGCCAGGCCAUCUCCUCAGAGGACUACCUCCUCUCCAUCUGCCACCUGGCUCAUCCCACCUUCCCCAGCAGGGAUGUCUCCCCCCACAGCAUCCACUCACAGCAUCUGGACACCGUGCACCAAAGGCUUCGGCUGUCACGGAUCACUGAGACCACAUCCAACAUAUUUCAAUCAAAGCCUGAAGCAGAGGCACAUGAAAUCCAUGUGCAGCAAAACAAAGGAAAAGAACACAGAGGUGAGCUGAUGUUUGAAAAUUCUGACCCUCUAGAGUAUCUUUACGGACACCAAAACAACACAGGCAAUGUGAGGAGGGCUUUGGUCGAGGGAGGGUUUGGAAGACAUCACAGGGGCGUAUGGGAGGGCAGGGCUCGCUCCAGAGCUCACAGCAUCCCCUGCGCUUCAAGUCCUGACAUACUCUGCCAACGCAAGAGCAGCAGCCCAGAGUUACACACCUGCACCAACACUCUUGUCCCAGAUAUCUCUCCAAAACACACAAGAUUAUCCAAGAGAGGGGGGUUUGCUAACGAAGGAGCAGAGGAGAACAGACAGACCACCACCAUCAAACAGUCGCUGCUGUCACAGUGGAUCUCUGACUGCAGGGCGGCGUGGAGAGAAGCACGUGCUCGAGCCUGCAUGCUGCCUGCCAUCGCUGAGAUUUAGGUGGCAAACGGACAGACAUGUAACAGAAAACAUUCCUCAGCAUUGCACCCUCAUCUUUAACUGUCAGUGCAUGACAUACUGACAUUAAGAGGCAUUUAGAUGUGUAUUAUGCAGAUUAUUAUUAAGGGAUAUGAUAAAAUACACAUUGCAGUGAAAAGAAAAACAUGCAGAGGCAGUUAUUAUUGUAAUAUAAUCAGCUGUAAUGUAACAUCAGUGUUGUUGUUUACUACUCUGAGCUACCUACCUACCUGUAUGGAAACAAUCAUAACAAACAAAUCUGCAAAAUCUUCUUUUUUUAACCUCUCCAGUGUUUUUGUGACUAAAGUGAAUAAAGAAAUCAAUAAAUCUUUUUGAUACCCCAAACUG